AUGCCUCUGUGCCUGUGUACCAUGAAAUUACAAGAAACAACGUCACUGGCAGAGCGCAUCAGGCUGCUGACUUGCGAUGUGGAAGACGAGCCGGAGGAGCAUCGAUCGUCGCCGGCUGGUUUGAGCAACACCGACAAGCUGUCGACAAGCAGCGACAAGUCGAGUGACAAGUCAUUCAACAGCGUCGACAAGAACAGCGAGAAGGCUUUUGGGAGCGCGUCGUCGAGCUCGUCGUCCUCGACGCUCUCGGCGCCGGUGCCCAACCGACAGCAGCCCCCGGAUCUAGGGGACAUGCACCAAGAACUGCAAAAGCCAAGGUCAGAACCCAGACGGCAGUUCCUAUCGACCCUGGCACCUUUGACAGCGUGUGUGGGCAGCGCGGCGCACCACGAGGGCUUCUACUACGUGCCCCCUGGAGACAGGACCUCAGCUUCAUCAGCCACUAACCUCGACCUCCACGAGCACAACGAAAACCCUGCCCCAGAUGUCGUGGCAGGCACCCCUGGUGCUGGCGAUGGUGAUGAUGGUUUAGCAGCGUUUGCGCGGGCCAACGCGCCGCGAACUGAACGACUACGGCAGCGGUACGGACAAGAGUCGCAGCCCGCAAGCAGUGACGACGAACAUGAUGACUACGGUUUCCACCGCCGACCAGCUGUCCGGGGUAUCGCCAUCAAGCAACAGCUUGGAGCAUCAGACGACAUCCUGCAGCAAAUGCAGAACGAGCUCCAGCCUUCACCGGGCACGACUCCCGCGCAGAUGCCCGCGCAUGCGUGCCAGCGCACUAACUCCAGCUACUCCUGGCCGUACUAUUCGGAAGCCAACUUGAAUUCACGGCCGCAGAGCAGGGCCAGUGCCACAUCCAAUUGGUCCACGAAAUCAUCAGACUACGUGACAGCCCGCCAGUGUGCCACCCCCGUGCCGCAGCAGCAACACAGCGAGAGUUGCUACGCGCACUCGCAGAAUGUGGCCACCUAUGUGCACUACGCGCACACCCAACAUCGGCACCAAGACCCAAUGUAUAGGAACUGCUCGCUUUACGCCAAUAUUGGCUGUUCUGACAGCAGUCAAGAGCUAUACAGCUCGCAGACCAGUUCCGAGCAGACGUCGCCGGUACGCGCGGCGCCGCGGUGCCGGCGGCCGGAGUCGCCUCCCCCGAUACGGAAUCACCACCAGCUCCUCUACGUGCCGUACAGUCAACACUACCACUACCAGCACCACGAUUAUGGGGCGCACUGGACCGCCAAUGACUACAGCCGCAUGCACUCGUACUACCAGCAGGCCAGCCGCGGCGCCACAAGUACGCCGCAGCCCGCGGCCGCACAGCCGCAGAGGGCGCAAUAUACCCACGCUCUACAGAUACAGAACCUGUGCCCGGCACCAGCUAGAUACAGACCAGUGCCGGCACCUCCUCCGGGCGGCGGCAAACAAAUGAUCUGUUAUUCGGAAAAAGUGGCCGCUCCGUUAUACCAGCCGGCGCCAGGUUCGCCGUCAAGGGCGGCGCGCGGGGCCCCCGAGGGCGCGGCCAGCGGGCCCGUGGCCCCCGCUGCCACGUCGCCCAUGGCCGCGCCGCCCAACCCCGUGUAUUAUGCCAUGAACGUCUGA